GUCAUCAUGCUACCAUUCACUGUGGUAUUAUGUUGUCAAGCUGACUGACACAGAAGCAUUUUCCCCUGCUAAUUUAGUUGCACCUGAUUUAAUAACAUCUAUUUUCCUCUUCAACAAACACCAUGAGGACAACUAUGUGGUUGGCUGUUGCCAUAGUGAUAUUCAUCAGCGCAGCUGAAGCCUUGCAAUGUGAGCAGUGCAGUAUUGGGGUUUUGGGGAGAUGUCUCUUUCCAGAUCAGGUGAACUGUCAUGAGUCUUCACCCAACUGCUACACUGGAGAAGCACAGUUCAAUACCACAGGAUUCCUGAAGCUCCACACACGCGGGUGUGUCGAUGCUGACCUGUGCAAUCAGACCAUCACAGGCAACAUCCUGGGAGCCGGCUUCACCUCCUCCUUCAGCUGCUGCUCCACGGACCUGUGCAAUGGAGCAAGUGCCCUUCACACACCACUGUUUUCCUUGACUCUUAGCGCCGCCCUAGUGGCCAUGGCUCACUGGCUCAGCUAGAUUCCUUUAGAUCAGGGGUGUCAAACAUAAGGCUCAGGAGCCAGAUCAGUCCUGCCAGCAGGUUUCAUAUGUCCCCCCAGAGGUUUUGGGUAGGAAGGGAAAAAUUAGAAAGAAAAUAUAUUCACAUGAAGCUGUUUUCAACAAUUUGUAUUUAGCAAUUUCUGUGAUAGAUUAAUUAAACCUAGCACUACAAACCUUUGUCAGAAAGGCAGAGGCCAAAAAACUGACUUGUAAGUAGGAUGUUUCAAGAGAGAACAAGCAGGAUAUGAUGUCAGUAGAUGAUUUGUACUUGUUUGCUAAUAAGUGGGUAUAAAGGAGUAUAUCAUCAAACAACACUCUGAUACCAAUGCAGAGUUCUGAAAAUGACCAUGACAACAAAUCCGGCCCAACCAAGAGUGAAAUACUGAAUUAUAUUACAAAUAUAAAGCUGUAGAUGCUCACUUGGACUGUUGUUACCUACAUUAAUUUUGUUUGAACUAAAAGUAUUACUGUAACUUUGUUAAAAUUUACUGUAUUAAUGACCCCAUCCAAAAUCAAAAAUAUAUUGGUUCUUUUAUUGUUCAAUAUAAGACUAACCUGCUUGGGACAAAUCUUGAUAUUUCUUUAGAUGAAACAAUAAUCACACCAGACCUUUAAAACAACUUUUGCCAACUUUUACUCCUACGCUGAAUGUAAUUUCACUGAUUUUUAGUAAAGAUUUACUUAUUCCAUUAGCAGCAAGAUGCUUACUGGAUCAUUUAAAGCUGAGUGCACUAAUGUUGAUGCUAUGCUAUGCCGUUUCUAAAGAUUACUCUUCAUUUUAUUUUUGCAAUAUAUAGACUGCCAUUAUGAAGCAUGAUUCAAGAGGGCAACAGCUUUAUGAGGGCUUUUAAAAUGUUCAUACGACCGUGUAACUGUGUGGGACACUAGCCUACAUUAAAUUUGUUUUCGCCAUGCCUUGUGGUUUUGCGUUUUCAAUACGUCACCAUGAAGACCUGACACUGAAGUGUGUAGACUAAAGUUAAAUAGCUACUGCAAACUUUAAAAUAAUGGACUCAGAGAAGCCCCACCCAGUUGACAACUGCAGAACUAUGGCGCCAUCUAGGGCCUACAGUAGGCUUAACACAAGAAGAAGGCGCUGUAUGAUUUCACUGAAUUAAAUGAUCAAUGAAAAUAAA